AAGGAAAAAAACAACUUGUGUGUGCUUGUUGGCAAUAAGAUAUGAAUCAAGAGUGUAAGGCCUACACACAAGUCGGUGUGGCCCCAAAAAUCACAGUAGCCUGUGUGCUGUUCAAGAAUUACAUAAUAACAAUAUAGGGACAUAAUUUACUCUCCAAAUAUAAUUUCACCACCCUAGCUAAAUUAUUUUUCAUUUAAUUAGCAAAAUGUAUAUAGAAGCAAAGGAAAGAGACAAAAGAAAAGAAAGAGAAAGAGAUAUGGGUAUGGUAUAUGUAUGGGUGGACAAGUAUGUUGAGUAGUAUUAUUUAUGUAGAAAACAUCAAAUGAUUGAGGAAUAAAAAGUGAGGUGUGAAGCAAAAAUUUUACUCAUAAGUUUAUUGUUUUCUUCUCUUUUAUCUAAGUGAUUGUUGUUGUCUCCUUAGAUACAAAUUCUUCUUGGUGUUUUCUGGGUUUAUUCUCAAAAUCUUUUUUCAAAGAGACAAGAAAGCAAGGAAAAUUCAGAUUUGCAUCAAGAAAAUUAACAUGGCAGCUUCUUCAUCAUCUACUCCUUUCUUAGAAAUUAGACAAGAAAAUCAAAGUCAGAUUACUCAACAACUUCAAUCUUCAACAGAUGCUUCAUCAACUGCUGCUCAACCUUUAGUUCCUCAGAAAAAAAGAAGAAAUCAACCUGGAACACCAUAUCCAGAUGCAGAGGUGAUAGCACUAUCUCCAAAAACUCUAAUGGCAACAAAUAGAUUUGUAUGUGAAGUGUGUCAAAAAGGAUUUCAAAGGGAACAAAAUUUGCAAUUACAUAGAAGAGGACACAAUUUGCCUUGGAAACUAAAGCAAAAGAGUAACAAAGAGCCAAAGAGAAAGGUUUAUUUGUGUCCUGAGCCAUCUUGUGUUCACCAUGACCCUUCAAGAGCACUUGGUGAUCUCACUGGAAUUAAGAAGCACUUUUCUAGAAAGCAUGGUGAGAAAAAGUGGAAAUGUGAAAAGUGUUCUAAGAAGUAUGCUGUUCAAUCUGAUUGGAAAGCUCAUUCUAAGACUUGUGGUACUAGAGAGUAUAGAUGUGACUGUGGCACUCUCUUCUCAAGGCGUGAUAGUUUCAUCACACAUAGGGCAUUUUGUGAUGCACUAGCACAUGAAAAUGCAAGACACCCUUCCAACAUGAACCCAUUAGCAACUCAUCUAUUUUCCACAAACCACAUAGGUUUAGCCCUAAACCAAAAUCAACAACAAUCCACAAACAACAAUAUCUUAACCCUAGGUAAUAUUCCUUGUACACCAAAAUUUGAACAUCAUUUAAUCUCACCUUUGCAUGGAUCAUCAUCAUCAUUUGGUCAAAAUCAACAACAAUCACCUCAACAACAAUCAAUGUCUUCAUCACCUUUCUUUAUAAAUGAUCCAAAUCAAACUUUUCAACAAGACCAUCUUCAAGGACCGUUUUCGAAUAAACAGCUUCAUCUUCAUCACGGUCUCAUGCAACUUCCGGAUCUUCAAGGUAAUACCAAUAAUAAUACAUCUUCUUCAUCGGUAUCGCCGUUUAAUCUAAGCUUCUUUCCGAAUAGUAACAAUGCAUUGCAUGAACAAUUCAAUAAUAUAAGUGAAGCUCAUCAUCAUCAUGAAGGUUUUUCUUCACUCUUUGGUAAUUCAUCAAUGCAACAAGAGAACAUGUUAUCAUCGCCACACAUGUCGGCAACGGCAUUGCUUCAAAAAGCUUCUCAAAUUGGUUCAACAACUACAACAACUAUGAAUAACAAUGGUGUAGAAUCUAAUGAAGGAAUAAGAUCAAGCAUGGAAAAUGAACACAAUCAACAUCUACAUGGUUUGAUGAAUUCUCUUGGGAAUGGAAACACUUCAAUAUAUGAUAACAAUAACCUUGGUCAAUUUCACAAUGUUGAGGAGAAUAAAAAGAUGUCACAACAAAGUCUUGGUAAUUUGUGCUUUGGAGGGUCAGAUAAAUUGACUUUGGAUUUUCUUGGUGUUGGAGGAAUGGUGAGAAACAUGAGUAAUAAUACUAGUGGUGGUGGAUUUUCUAUGAGUGCAAUGAACAACAUGGAUCCUAAAAUGGAAUCAACACAAGGGAACCAACCUUUUUGAAGCUCAACAAUGCAAUAAGCUUUUGGUGAUAUAAAUUAACUAGGGAGAAAAAAAAUGUUUAUCAACUUUUUAUAUGUUCUAGUUUAUGCACGCAAAAGCAAUAUUUUCUAGUUUUGAACUUUUUUUUUACCUUUCUUUUGUAAUUGACAAUUGGUAUUUUAGUUUAUUAAUUCUAAAAUGUGCAA